AUGUCCCUCCAAGCCGACCUCAACACCGCCUACAGCGACUUCCAAAAAGCCGCCCCCGCCGCCGUCGUCUCCACCUUCGGCUCCGGCGUGCAGGCCCUCCAACAAACCUUCGACACAAGCAAAGCCAUCCAGCCCGGCCAGGCACUCCCCAGCUUCGAGCUCCAAGACGCAACCGGCCACCCCAUCUCCAGCACCACCCUCCUGGCCAAAGGACCCCUCCUCCUCUCCUUCUACCGCGGGGAGUGGUGUCCCUUCUGCAACCUCGAGCUGCGCGCCCUGCAGAAGCGGCUGCCGGACUUCCAGGCCGCGGGCGUCACCCUCGUGGCCAUCUCCCCACAGCUCCCGGACGCCUCGCUGUCGAUGGCCGAGAAGAACGCGCUCCAGUUCCCCGUGCUCUCCGACGUGGGGAACAAACUCGCCCGCCAGCUGGGGAUUGUCUGGGAGCAGCCGGACUCCUUUAAGCCCAUCCUGACGGGGUUUGGGGUGGAUUGGAGCCGGGGGUAUGGGGAUGAGAGCUUUGCGGUGCCGAUCCCGGCGACGAUUUUGGUCGGUGCGGAUGGGGUGGUGAAGAAUGUGUUUGUGGAUCCGGAUUAUACGAAGAGGUUGGAGCCGGAGACGGCGUUGGAGUGGGUUAAGAGUCUUUAA